AAAAAGCUGCCCUCAUCCGUGGUCGCCCGGCAACUGCGCGCUGAUGGUGCGGUUGCGGCGCGACGACCGUGUGAGUGCACCGCAUGUACGUAGACUGCAUCACAGCAAGUCAUCCAUAUCACGCACGCCGGCAUAAUACAACCCAGCCACACGGUAGUAAAUGACACGGAUGACGAUGCUCCAAACAGCAUAAUUGCGACACGGCCCGGCCAGCCAGUACGGCGAAAUCUGACAAGCAGGUAAUUUUCACAAUAAAAGUCGCGCUCGAUAUUUUUCCGAACCACUGCAAGCAGGCCGAACAGAAUUCACCCAGGAUAUUUUUUUUCUGUUACUUGGUGAAACGAACCGCAAUAGCACGAUACUUUAAUGUCGCAGAUUUGGGAUGCAAACCAGAUGCUGUUGUGAACCUGGGAGAAAUCAAGUGACCGCUGCGUGGAGAUGAUGACUGUGUAAAAUUGUGAACGCACGCAAACCGGGAUCCCACACAAUGCGGCUAUUCGGUGGAUAAUUUGAUCGCUGCAGUGGAAAAGGGCGUGAGUUGCCAUUGUGUCCAAAUGUAUUCAGUUAAGGUAAGCGGAUCCUAAACAAUGUCCCGUGGAUGAUCUCAAUGGAAGAAAACAUUGGAUUUAUAGAUGUGUGUCUGUGCACGUGGUCCAUCAACGCAAAACCGGUAAAAUCACGGCGUGUCAUUCAAUGACCUCCCCGUCUGCUUUUCGAUUUGCACCCAGCACGAAUGGUUGAUGAUUUUACAUGUCCUCUCGCGGUGAUAGUUUUUAUUCCCGAAAACUCACAGCUACGAGUGUAUUGAGAGACGUAGCCUUGUCAAGCCCACGGAGUUAUUAUGGCGGAGGAGGAUCGGGAAGCGCAGAGACUACCCCGAGUUCGGGGCGGCUCGGUCCGGAUCCGGGCGCCGGGGGAACAAUCCAUGGGCCGGCGAAGUUCACCGCCCCCAUCACGGUCGCCGUCGUCGUCACAGGGCGACAUGGGUGAUCAUGAUGCGGAGCAGCCCAGCCCCACCGGUGAAGGCUCGGUUGGGUUCGCAUCCAGGGAUGGUGUGGACGAGGAUGGCAUGUCAACUGGAAGUUGUGAGGAAGAGUUACCCUUUCCUGGGCUAAAUGACAAGGUGUUCUACUGCCUAAGCCAGACAUCCAAACCCAGAGUGUGGUGCAUUCAGCUUGUGUGCUGGCCGUGGUUUGAGCGGAUCAGCAUGGCCGUCAUCAUACUUAACUGCAUCACCCUGGGCAUGUACGAACCCUGCGAGAAGGAGUGCACCAGCACGCGCUGCGUGGUCUUGGAGGGCUUUGACCACUUCAUCUUUGCCUUCUUUGCCGCUGAGAUGGUGGUCAAGAUCCUGGCACUCGGGGUCCGGGGCAAGUCGGGUUACUUCUUUGAGACGUGGAACCGCCUGGACUGCUUCAUUGUUGUGGCCGGAAUUACAGACUAUACCAUGCAGGCAUUGGAAUACUCACUGCAGUUAGAAAACAUGAAUCUUACAGCUAUUCGUACGAUUCGAGUUCUCCGACCAUUGCGUGCCAUCAACAGAAUCCCAAGUUUACGGAUCUUGGUCAUGCUCCUGCUAGACACGCUGCCCAUGCUGGGCAAUGUGCUCAUGCUGUGCUUCUUUGUUUUCUUCAUCUUUGGGAUCAUCGGCGUACAGCUGUGGAAGGGCCUGCUGCGAAACAGGUGCUUCUUGGACUUGCCCGAUAACACCUCCAUUGGAGCAGGGUACGAUGUUACAACAUUUUACACACUGCCAGACAUGUACCAGGAUUAUGUAUGCAGUUUUAAAACGGAUGCGGGAGAUCUGCAUUGCGACAGCGACCAUAAAGAUCCAUUUCUUAUAGGAGAACAAGAGUGCAACUCUACUGCCUUGCCCUACAUAAACAAUUCGUACGACAGCAAUUUGACAGACUGUGUCAAUUGGAACCAGUACUAUACCAUGUGUAAAACUAGCGACGUGAAUCCAUUUCUUGGGUCCAUUUCUUUUGAUAAUAUACUGUAUGCGUGGGUCGCCAUAUUCCAGGUCAUCACCUUAGAGGGCUGGACGGAUAUCAUGUAUCAUAUCCAAGAUGUGCAUAGUUUUUGGAGUUGGGCGUAUUUUUUCGUACUCAUUGUAAUUGGUGCCUUCUUCCUGAUAAAUUUGUGUCUAGUAGUCAUAGCAACUCAAUUUUCCGAGACAAAGCAAAGAGAGAGCAAGUUGAUGGCGGAGCAGCGGAAGCGAUUCCGCUCUACCAGCACGCUGGCCAGCAACAGCGAGCCAGGCAGCUGCUACGAUGAGAUCCUGAAAUACAUCGGCCACCUGGUGCGGAAGGUCAAGCGGAAGGUCCGGCGCUGGCACAAAGGUAUCCGGGGGAAGCGGCAACGCAAAGUGAUGCCUGCCAUUUCGUUACGCCGCAAAAAGCGCCGGACCAAGUCCGUGCAUGUGCACUGCCACCACCACCACCACCACCACCAUUACCACUUUGGGAGCAACAGCCCGCAGGCGCCCAGGGCCAGUCCCGAAAACAGUGAUAUCGGCUCCUCGCCCACCCGACAGAACCGGCUCGUAGUGCCGUCAGCCAAUGGUAGCUUAGGACCCAGUGUCGAUUCGCUGCACUCUAUCACCUAUUGCACUGAGAACCUCUCCCGCUUAGAACCCUUACCCAGCCGGUCUCGCUGUAAGUCGUCCCCCCACCACCACGUAGUGACCACCCUGUCCAUCCACCGGGCCUCCUCCAUCAAUUAUCCCACCACAAAUUCUAAGGAUGCCAGGCCCAGCUCCGCCUUGGCCAAACUGACUGCCGAGACAGCACUGAAUAGCAUGAUGGACGUGCCUCCCAAUAAGCUCCAAGAACGCUGGAAGGACGUAUGUCUGGGUGAAACACUGAAUAAAUACAGUAAACUACCCCCAGUCAAGAACGGCAAUAAAAUCAGUGGGGAUGGCCUUGCUCCUGCAGGCGCUCACCCACCUUUAGCGCAGCGGCUGUCAGCCCCACCCCUCACCCAUCCUCCUUCUUCUUACCCCGGGGGCCACCCGCACCUUGCCCCGCCCUCUCCGUGUCUUUCCAUCCACUCGGCUGGCUGCCCCGUCCACCAGCCCUGCCCGGUCCACACGCCAUGCCGUCCGUCCACCCCAUGUCCCUCCCACUCCUCCUGCCCUACCCACUCCCCAUGCCCAUCCCGCGGGUCGCAUACCUGCCCCCAUGCCUGCCCAGAAGGCCACAACGAUUACGACUGGACAGAGUCAGACUUGGAAAGCGAUGAAGACUCCGACGCUGACGAUUCCGACUACGAGGAAGAGCAGAAAGGAAACCUCAAGUUUGGUGGAUCGGGUUGCAAAUCCUUCUACCGCAAGGUGUCCGAUAAGAUUGGGGAGAUCGUGGAGAGUAAAUACUUCAUGCGCAGUAUCCUCAUCUGCAUCCUCGUCAACACCCUCAGCAUGGGUAUUGAAUUUCACAAUCAGCCGGAUGAGUUGACAGAAGCCCUGGAGAUCAGCAAUCGCAUCUUCACCAGCCUGUUCGCCCUCGAGAUGCUGCUGAAGCUGAUGGCCUAUGGCUUUGUAGGUUACAUCCGGAAUGGGUUCAACGUCUUUGAUGGGAUCAUUGUCAUUGUGAGUGUGGUUGAGAUAGUACAACAGGGCGGUGGGGGUCUGUCGGUGCUGCGAACGUUCCGCCUGCUGCGGAUCCUCAAGCUGGUACGCUUCAUGCCGGCCUUACGACGUCAGCUGCUGAUCAUGCUCAAGACCAUGGACAAUGUUGCCACGUUCUUCUCUCUUCUCUCACUGUUUAUUUUCAUCUUCAGCAUUCUGGGCAUGCAUUUGUUUGGCUGCAACUUCUGUAGAUAUGUGGACGGUGUGAAGGUGUGCGACAGGAAGAACUUUGACAAUCUGCUCUGGGCGCUUGUCACAGUGUUCCAAAUUCUCACGCAGGAAGAUUGGAACAUUGUCCUGUACAACGGCAUGCACAACAACUCGGCCUGGGCGGCCCUGUACUUCAUCGCCCUGAUGACGUUUGGUAACUAUGUGCUCUUCAACCUCCUGGUGGCCAUCCUAGUGGAGGGCUUUGCGGCAGAGCCCUACGAACAGAAAGAGUCCAGUCUUGCUGCAGCCAGCCGCGAGAGCCUGGAGGAAGAUGAGGGUUACUCAGGGGAGGAGCAUGAGAAGAAGGAGGAGGGAAACGAUGUACAGUCUGUCACAUCGGGUAAAGACACCUCAGAUGAGAAGCAGCUAGCCCUGCCUCCUCCCGAGAGCACCCAGUCUCCACCCCCAGCCAGCCUGAUGAGCCCGCCCAUCAUCACCCGUACUGCAGCCACGCCUCAGGGCUCCCCCAUGUGUGAGCAACCCAAGGGCUUCAAGGGACCGUUCCUGGACAACCAGUCCAUCGACUCAGACACUCAGUCACUGUCCUCUUUCCACAUCCCCGGAUCGCCCCGUCUCCCACGCAGUAAUCUCUCCCGGAACGGCUCGGGCCGCAACCGCAACGUGCUGUCGGCCAACCUGCCCCACGUCCGGGACCGGAAUUACCUGCGCCCCUUCCAGCCGCCCGAGGCCGACCACGGAGCCGACAGCGACAGCCACUCCAACAUCAGCAGUCGCAUCAGCAGUCGCAGGAGUUCGUCUGACCACAAUGGGUACGUUCCAGACAGCGACAGUCGCCGAACAUCGGUGGCAAGCUGCAAUGGUGACAGCCGCCGCACCUCCUACAUCUCCUGCAACGGGGGCUCCUUCACCGCCCAGCUGGAGAAGCACAGUCUGGAGGCGGAGAAACGCAGCAGUCGGGGGUCGGUUGGGAGGAGGAGCAGCCGUCACGAGGACGAGGAGAGCAUUGAGGAUCCGGAUCAAGUUGACGAGGCAAAGAAGCAAAGCGCAGAGCUGGGCAGGAAGUGUUUCUGCUUACCUGGGGAUUGCAAUUGCACCAAGUGCUGUCCUGAGCCCAAGGGAUGCUUCAAGACAAGAAUAGAGUAUUCCCUCUACCUGCUGUCACCACACAACAGAUUUCGGCGGAGAUUACAAAGUCUGAUUGCUCACCGGUGGUUCGACUACGUCAUCCUGCUCAUUAUCAUGAUCAACUGUAUCACCUUGGCCAUGGAGAGACCAGACAUUAGGGACGAUAGCGUGGAGCGAACAUUCCUCAGCAUCUCCAACUACAUCUUCACGGGCAUCUUCACCUUUGAGAUGGUGGUCAAGGUGCUGGCCAAAGGGCUAUUCAUCGGUGAGCAUGCCUAUCUCUACAGCGGCUGGAACAUAAUGGACGGCAGUCUGGUGGUCAUCUCCUGGAUCGACAUCACCAUCAGCCUCGUCUCCUCCAACAGCCCCGAGAUCUUCGGUAUCCUCAGGGUCUUUAGGCUGCUACGGACUCUCAGGCCAUUGAGAGUCAUCAGCAGAGCACCUGGUCUGAAGCUUGUGGUCCAGACGUUGCUGUCUUCACUACGCCCCAUCGGUAACAUUGUCAUCAUCUGCUGCACUUUUUUUGUCAUCUUCGGAAUCCUGGGCAUUCAGCUAUUCAAGGGAACAUUCUACUAUUGCACUGGUCCUUCAGUCAAGAACGUCAUGAACAAGACUCACUGCUUACAGGCUCACCCCAACAACCAGUGGGUGAAUCAGCAGUAUAACUUUGACAACUUGGGCCAGGCUUUGAUGGCGCUGUUUGUUUUGGCCUCCAAAGAUGGGUGGGUGGAGAUCAUGUACAAUGGCAUCGAUGCCGUUGGUGUUGACAAACAGCCGAAGGAAAACAACAACGAGUGGCUGAUCCUCUUCUUCAUCUCCUUCAUCCUGAUCGUGGGCUUCUUCGUGCUGAACAUGUUUGUGGGCGUGGUGGUGGAGAACUUUCACAAGUGUCGGGAGCAGCAAGCUGCGGAGGAGACAGCCCGUCGGCAGGCCAAGCGGCUGCGCAAAAUGGAGAAAGCCCGGCAGAGUAUGUCCCGGGUCCGAGAGGGGGAUGAAAUCAUUUCAAAUCCAAAAAAAAGACAAGCCAGAGCAAGGGAGCGCCCUUAUUACAUUGACUACUCGCGCUCACGGCGCUUCAUCCACAACUGCGUCAUCAACAAGUACUUUGAUUUAGGCGUGGCAGCCGUUAUAUUCAUCAAUGUCAUCUCGAUGGCACUUGAGCAUUACGGAAUGUCAAAGACUUUGCAGGACAUUCUGAGGUAUUUAAACUAUUUCUUCACGGUGGUGUUCAUCCUGGAGGCUGUGCUGAAGAUUGCGGCCCUGGGAUUUAAAAGAUACAUCAAAGACAGAUGGAACCAGCUGGACAUGAUCAUCAUCAUUCUGUCCAUUGUCGGCAUCUUUCUGGAAGAGCUCCAGACGGACAUCAUUCCCAUCAACCCCACCAUCAUCAGAAUCAUGAGAGUCCUCAGAAUAGCCAGAGUGCUCAAGUUGUUAAGAAUUGCCAGAGGUAUUCGCUCACUGUUGGAUACAAUAUCCCAGGCCUUACCACAGGUUGGCAAUCUGGGUCUUCUGUUUUUCCUGCUGUUCUUCAUAUUUGCUGCCCUCGGAGUGGAGCUAUUUGGCAGGCUGGACUGCACCAAGGAGAACCCUUGCCAGGGCCUCGGGAGACAUGCUUCCUUCAAGAACUUCUUCAUUGCUUUCCUCACCCUCUUCAGAAUAGCCACAGCGGACAACUGGAACGGCAUCAUGAAGGACACACUGCGGCAGGAGAAGUGCAACAAGAGCUCCGAUUGCACCUACAACUGCUGCGCUAGCAGCAUCCUGGCCCCCAUCUACUUUGUCUGCUUUGUGCUGAUGGCCCAGUUUGUCCUGGUCAACGUGGUGGUGGCCGUGCUGAUGAAGCACCUGGAGGAGUCCCACAAGAUGGAGCAGGACGAGGAGGACGACCAGCUGGCCCUGGAGGAAGAGAUGCGGGAGGAGGGGCGGGAGGCAGCCCGGAGGGAGGAGGAAGCAGUGGAGCAACAGCAGCAGGGGCAGGAGGCCGCCGAGCAGGCCAACAGCUCCGACGACAACGAUCCAGAGACACCGCUCACACCGCUGCUUAAGCCUCUGCAAUCCUCCGAUAUUGUAAUUGCGAUGCCGUCGUCCCAAGACUCUGUCAGGGUGGAAAGAGAAACCAAUCUAGACAUGGGGAAGUCCUUAGUGCCGCCCACCUCUUUGCAACUGUCGCCGUACAAGGUGCCGGUAGAUAGAGUCCAGUCCGUGCCAGGCAGCUUUCACUCACAGAAAGACUCGGCAGUGGAGGUGCCAGAAGAUGGAGGAGAACCAUCACAGCAAACAGCGAGUACAGAGAGAAAGCAGCAAUUGCCGUGUCAGGUCCCCCAUAUACAGCUGCCGUCGGACAAUGAGCAUUCAUCAUCGACGUCCUCCUCAUCCCAUCAUCUUGCUGGAGACAGACCCAGGAUCUCUUCCGUGAGCCUGGAAUCUGAGAUUGGCAGCGGCCAACAGAGCCCCGCUUCCAGGAGCUCCUUCUUCACCGCCUCCCCGAGAUCGGACAGUCAGGCCAAGUUGGACAGCGACCCAGACAGGACUGGGCCCAGCAGCAAAGAUGCCGCCAGGCAUCUCAGUCUGCCCACGGGGCCUGCCCACCCCGACCGGGACAUGAGCUCAGACCUGGCUUUUAGGACUGGGGAAGCAGAGAGCAACGCCAAGCCCGAGGAGGUACCCCUGCAGCAGUGGCCCAGGAAAAGCAGUGACUCCUCCACUGGGGAUGCUGCCAAGCAGCCACCAUCCAAGUCAUUCGUCGAUGAUGUUGUCAGGCAGAAAUCCCGGGAUUUGGACCCAAGAGCACAUCCCAGGGUACGCAGGGGAGCCCGCCCUGCUGGCCCAAGCAACCUCAACAAUCUUGCCUCGUCCAACAAGCCUCACCAGGCCCACCGCAGGGCCUCCAAGAGCAGUGUCGCCACCAGCUCCAGCGAUAGCGACAGCAGCUCACCACCCAACCGUAAGAGGACUCGAAGGAGGCAGAGGCACUCACCGAGCAAAACCUUGCCCCAGAAGAGAGAAGACGGCCCAUCCUUGCCCAGCAGCAGAGAGCCGUCGGUGUCCGGCGAGAUCCCUGAAAUACAGGUGAAACAACCCAAGGAAAUACUACAGGACUGUGAACUGCAAAAUGAUGGGACUGAUAGUGGCAGUCAUCCAGGAAAGACGGAUCAAGACUGUACUCCCAACAAACCUGAAAAAACCAAGGGUAACUACAGCUGUGACCCAGCCGAGAAAGUAUGACGCUUGGGGUUAUGGGCAACUUUUUUAUACACUAACCUAAUAUAGUAGAUUUCAGCCACACACUGAAAAGAAGACAUUCGUUAUCAACAAGUGCAACAUAUCGGUAUGUUGCAUACAGCAUGUAAAGUUAAGUGGUCAAUUUUUUUUUUUCACAAGAUGGGAAAAAAAGGAGACCUGUCAACCAAAGAAUGGGCUAAAAGUAAAUAAUUUGUACAUGGCACAGUUUGUUGGUCCCCUAAAAGUGCAUGAGAAUUCAUAUGUGGGGCGUGUUGUAUGCAUUUACGUUUUUGGUUUGUAAAGCUCACACAAGUGUUCCUUUCACGACUUGAUGUAUGCAUUCCCAAAGUUUCCUCCACACUGUUUAUAACGGAAUUUUUUGUACAUAGGACAAGGAGACAGGAUGUAGAAUGAUAACCACAUUGUUUCCUUUGCUUGCAGUAAAGCAUUAAUUGUGUUUGUAUAAUAAGUGACAAAAAAAAGUUCCUUUUUCCAAGCACGUGAGCCACUGGGUAAAACUACCCAAUCCACUUGAGUCCCCAAACUGUGUACAAAUCUGUACAAAAUAGAAAGUCUGGUGUAAUUCAUUUUGUAGAGGAAAAGCCUGGUUUCUGUGCAUUAUUGAAACUGAUGUGCAUAAUUAAGCAGGUUAUUUUAUCCAAUGACCAGGGCUCAUUCUACUCCAGGGGAGUGUAUUUUGUAGCGCCGACAUUUUGUAUUCAUCAAAGUCUGAUAUUUUUGGAUACGUAUUUAUUUACCGUUGUAAAAUUGUUUAACUGUCAUUUACGUUGUCAGAAUGGUAAAGGUUCCUGUGCUUUGUGCUUUUGACUUUGAUUUUUUCUUGAAAUUGUGCAGCUUAUUAACAAAAUUCAAAAGCAGAAUCGGAUGAAAAUCAUGACAAUCAAUAUACGUGUAUAUUAGGCCUGUGUUCAGUAUUUGCAUAAUGGGGCAGUUUUAUGAUAUACCUCUGUAUCCUUCUUUAAACAAAUUGUGUUACUUGAUGAUUCAGCAGUUAAACUUUUUCACCAAAGCAAGUCAGGCUUGGAAUUUGUUGAAUUCACAUUUAUGCAUACUAUUAUCUAAGAUAUCCAAGAUUCAGAAUUAGACAGCAGCUUGUCCCACACUGCAGUCGACCUUGGUACUUUGGUUUAGUAGGGUACAAACACAGUAGUCUUGGUUCAAGAUCUUCAUGUUAAUUUGUAAAGGUGGUGUCCUAUGCUGUUUCGCUGGCUGAACUUGAAAACCUCGCCACGGUCAAAAUCUAGCUAUCGGCUAUCCUGACCAAUGACUGACCCAGUUUCCAGUCAAACACCUGUAGCCAACUUAAGUAGUGGUCAAAUGCUGAGCUUGAUCAGGUGCCAAGCUUGAUCAAGAGCCAAAUGUGGCCACGAGACAGACUUGACAAGCAGCCAAACUUAGCCAGUGGUCAACCUUGAGCAGUCAACCUUUGCUGGCAGAAUAGUCACUACCCUGUGGCGCCAUCUACCAAACGUUGCCAUCUCAUGACUGCCUAGUGCCAAACUCGGUAUCUUUCAAGCACAUCAAUUUGAACUUACACAUAGUGAUCAUUUGCCCAAAUUCAUUGGGUAAGCUCCAUUCUGUAGCUCGGCAAAGUUUCAAUACAGCCUAUGUACCGCACCGCAGCACGACAUGAAAACUGUGUUCACUUUGCAACAGAUGAUGUUCCAGUAGUCAGUUUUUCACACAGGUAGAAACAUUUGCACACCUCUGUAUGCUUUAUUUGUCGUGAAACUGUCAAGUUUUCACUCUUGUAUUAAUAACAGACAUUACAGAAGAUGUGACAUGGAGGUAGCUGUUAAACAUACACAUGGCACUCUAGUAGGCCUACUUAACCCGUAGACAAAGUUGACACAGUGUGGUAACUUCCUAGCUAAAGAUGAGAAAGAAUUUUUUGAAGUGUCUGAUAUAUACCUUCACCCAUUAACACCUACACUACAUGAUAUUCUUUUUUUUAAACGUCAAUCCAGACAGCAAGAUUGCUUAGGGGCUGGGGGUGGUUUGGACCAGAUGGUAGCACAGUGACUAAUGACUUAAUAUGAAAGUUUGUGUUACACGGAGGGAUUAAGAAAACAAGCCAAAUUGGCUCAAGGAUAGAGGGCCUCAGUUUCCUGAACAACCCAGCGUUUCUUGUAACACAAAUGCAUGCAAAAGUCACAGCGGUCACCUUGUUUUUGGCUGAUCACAAGCAUGCCAGUGGCACUUUGUCAUGCAAUGGGUUCUCAGCUCAGUUCAUGUAACCCUUAAUACCCAGCUCCUAAGGUAUUUUGCCAGGACUUCCUCCUGAUGAUCCUCCACUGCAGAAAUCCAACGGCACAUUUUUGUAACACUCAAGGAGCAUCAAGGCCUACGUAGGCCUAUUAAAAGUGACAGUGGCUGGGGUGCACCAUCCUUAAUCUUAUAUAAUUCUCAAAAUCCUGUGGAUUUUGGAGUAUCUGUCUUGACCAAAUGACCUUUUUUUCAGCUUACAUACACAUUGACUUACACAACACAGAGAAUAUCUGAUAUCUUCUGGUGAUGCUAUGCCAAACUGAAAAGGUAUCUUUCACUGAAGCACAAAAUUUACACUUAGCAUAGAUCUGCCAAACUUUUGUGGCAUUUGUGUAUCGUGCAUUGUUCUUUCCCCGUGUGGUUUCACUGAUUUCAUUUUGUUCCCUGUUAGUUCUGGCACUGUGAUCCUGUAUGUCUAACUAUCAAAAUCAUCCCUCUCCUCAUGUGCUUCGUUGUGCGUUUUUUCUUCUUCUGUCAUAACCUUGGUUUGUUGAUUUUGUUGGUAGCGUAUUUUGCAUUGAUAAAGCAGUCAAUGAGCUCACUAUGAAAACUUUCCAGGUUUGUUUUAGGUGUGAUAUUUUGUGCUGGCACAACUAGACUUGGGUUUUUUUGUUUUUGUUUUGCUUUUUUUUGGCAACUGUGCAAGAAUAUGUUAGUGCACAGGACAGAUCUGAGUUUUCUUUGAGUUUGAAUGUAACCUUUAUUUCGUCAGCUUCUGUAAUACCUAACUGUGUGUGUUGUUCAGCCGAUAAACCUAGUAAUCUUGUAAUGUAUGUAUCUAUUCACUACUUUGUGGCUCAGUUUGGCCAUUGUCUUGGUUUAUUCAUUGGCUGGACCAUGAAGACAUUGUUGUAAAUCUUCAAGAGAAGCCUGUACAAUAAGUGAUUUAGUUUGCAAAGCAAUAUACAUUUAUAUACCACAUCUGUAUCAUGCACAUGAUCAUUAAUUUGCUUAUAUCUAAAGAUUCAGUUAAUAACAUAUAUUAAUGCAUGAUAGUAAUGGAAGCAUUUGGUGCCAGGUAUGAGUUUUCUAAGAAUGACAAUACAUGACCUUCAAAAUCCUCCACUCCCAAUGAAAUGAAAUAACACUGCAGUGACUUAAGCCCACUCGCAUCAAUCUUAACAAUUAUCACCAAAAAAACCCACAAAGAUUUGAAUAACCUACACCUUGAAGUUUUACAUUGAGUUUCUCUGUUGGGUAUAAUAAAGCACCGAUUCCUCCAUCCACUUCCUGUGAGUUCCAACCGUUAUGUCUUCUCCACAUCUCGCCUCAACUUGUCUCAACUCCGAGUAAAAAGUACAGUUCACUUCCUUUUAUGACAGACUUUUAAGUAAUCCACCUCCUCUGCCGUUCCAAUAUUCCUACAUCCAAGUGGACUUCAUUGGGCAUCCUUCUCAUAUCUUUUAAAUAAAUCAUUAAUCUUUGCUUCACAAAGUAACUUCCCUCUCUUAUGUCAGCUAUGAGUUUACAAUAACCUUGUCAGCAAACGUAAGCAAUUGCAUAAAGUUCUGUUCUCACCAAGCAAGUAAAAUGCUGUUAAAGUUUAUGCCCUUGUAUUGCAUAAUGUACAUGUUGUAUCUUACUUUGUACAAUGCAGAACUUUACAGAAUCUGUUAUCAGAAGAACUUAGUUACAUUUUGCAUAGAAGCAAAAAUGGAAUAUCACCCCGCUUAUUGUCAUACAAAGUCACACAUGUAGUCUUAAAAAUUGGGUGUUGACGAAGAAUUACUUCACACUGCAUUGUCUGUGGGUAUGGUCCCUUCUGAUUCUGUGCCGUGUAACGCAUUUGCCAGGACAUACGACAGUGGUGUAAAGUAGGUGUAUCAAUGCAAUUAAGUGGUGAUUUAUGUGCUUGGUGACCCAAGGUCAAAGGUGAUCCCUAGAAUUAGACUUGCCUCAAGUUGUUUCUUGUGCUUUUCAACUUUUCAACAGUUGAGUUUGUUUCGGACAUCAUUACCCAGGUUGACGUGAAUAAGCAGUCAGUGAAGCUUUUGUUGCCUGUACCAAUGCAUGUGUAUAGAUGCCACACACUAUGAGGAAUGUGCCAUACAUUUUGACAAUAUAAAACUGUAUUUUCAAGAAAAUGUGACCUAGGUAAAAAUGUAUCCUACCUCUAAAGUCAACUGACUUCACACUUACAAAUUAAUUGUGAAGUCUUUGUAAAUGCCUCUUUUGUGGGAUAAUGUUUGGACACCAAGUGUGAAAUCUGUACAAUAGAACUCCAGUUCAUUCCAUGUACUCCAAAGUGUUCCUCUGAAAUUAUUGCCAGCAGUGUUAUUUGAUACUUGAAACAUUUGCACCGAUCCAGGACACAGAUGCAUUCUUAAAGGAACAAAGCUGUGCUUUACCCAGAUAAGAUCCAUUCCUCACGUUUGCGAAACACAUGAACAAAAUCUCAAAAUUCAUCUGGAAGUCCUGCCUAGUUUAGAUCAUUUACUCUGCAACUACACAUUUUUAGGAAAGACGUGAUUGAUGCUUCCAAAUUGGUCUCCCUUUUCAGAAUAGAUGUCCAGAAUAGCAAAAUAGUUUUAGAAAUGAAAUCUUGAGAUAAACACAGCCAAUUCCAUGAAGCAGCCAACAAAAUUUCUGCUUAGCAAAUUCACAUACUGGGCAGAAACCUGUUGAAAACUAGUCUCACAUAAUGACACCACAAUACGUCAAAGCUGGUCACCAUUUUUUCCUAACCAAGUAAUCAUCUAUGCUAAGCUGAUCUCUGUACUCAACUGUUCCAUGAAGUUGGCUCUCAUAAUUGUCAAAGCACAACAAACAACUUCCUCAUGGCAAGACCCAUUUGUAGAGAUUUAUACUUCAUAAUGUCAAACUGACCGCCCUUUCCCAAACCCUGUUCAACAACUUUGUAAUAAAAAGCAACU